AUGGCUAAGCGCCACUACGGAACGUAUGCGCUGGGGACGAAGCCGGAGGGUGGCGAUGGCACCGCCCCCAAGGCGGCCGGGGAGGAGGUGGUGAUAAGGGCGCCGGUGCACUGCGACGGCUGCGGCCGGAAGCUGCGCCGCUCCCUGGAGCGCCUCGACUGGGUUGGAGAGGUGAGCGUGGAUUCCAACACCAACACGGUGGUCAUGAGAGGACCAAAGGUGGUGGAGAACCCGGCGGAGACUGUGAAGAUCGUGGAGAAGAGGACCCGGAGGAAGGCGGUGCUGCUGAGCCCGGCGCCGGAGAAGCUGCCGCCGCCGGCUGUGAAGGAGACCAAGAAAGAUGAUGGGAACAAGGACAUGUACGAGCUACCGGAAAUUAACAUGAAAAUGGUGGUGAUAUUGAGGAUAAACUUGCACUGCGACGCCUGCUGCGAGGAGAUCAAGCGGAGGAUACUUCGAAUCAAAGGUGUUGAGGACGCCGUGCCGCACCUGAAAUCCUCGCAGGUGAUGGUGAAGGGGGUGGUGGAGCCGGCGACGCUGGUCGGCUUCAUCCGCAACUGCACGGGGAGGAAAGCCGCCAUCUUCAGGGCGGAGCCACUGGACCCGCUGCCAGCGCCAAAGUCACCACCACCGGAAGCCGAGACCAAGAAAGAUGGCCCAACUGACAACACGGGAGAGAAGAAGGACGCGCAAGAGAACGGUAAGAAUGAAGAGCCACGGGAGGAGGAGGAGAAGGGAGGAGGAGAGCCAGAGGAGGACAAGAAGAGGACGGGCGACGACGACCGCGCCGCCGCCGAGGAACUUCAUCAGGAAGCCCAUGCAGGUGAGGGUGAAAAGCACGCCGCCACCGGCGACGGGGUUGUGCUGGAGGACCAGAAGAAGGACGACCGCCUGUUCGCUGCUCCUCUCCCGGCCGGAGUCUUCACGGUGGCGCCUGAGACGAUGGCCAUCAGCAACGUCACCCCCUACCACCACUACUCCUACCCGUCAUCGUACUAUGCUUACGCGCACCCGUCUUAUUAUUACCAGUGCCAGUAUCCGCAGCCGUAUUACCCGGCGUACUCGUACGCUUGCGGCCAUGGCAUGUAUGGGUAUCCGCCGGAGGCGUUCACCGAGGAGAACCCAAACGCGUGCGCCAUCGUUUGA